AUGUUCUAUUACCCCAACGUGCUUCAGCGCCACACGGGUUGCUUCGCCACCAUCUGGCUGGCAGCAACCCGGGGCAGCCGGCUGUUGAAGCGUGAAUAUUUGAACGUCAACGUGGUGAAGACCUGUGAGGACAUCAUCAGUUAUGUGCUGGUCCGAGUGCCGCCCCCAAUGCCUGGGCUGCCGAGGCCCCGCUUCUCCCUCUACCUCUCGGCACAGCUCCAGAUUGGGGUGAUCCGGGUCUACUCUCAACAGUGCCAGUACCUCGUGGAGGAUAUCCAGCAUGUCCUGGAGCGCCUGCACCGUGUGCAACAGCAGAUCCUUAUUGAUAUGGUGGAGCCUGACGUGGCCAACCUGCUCCCGGACUGCCUGACCAUGAUGGAUACCCUGGAAGCUGCUCCAGACCCCUUCUUUGGAAUAAUGUCGGCGGAUCCUGGACUUCCCAGCCCUUUAAACAUCCCUCAGAUUCGACAUCUCUUGGAGGCUGCCACUCCAGAGAGACUUCUUCAGGAGAGCCCUCCUGCAAUUGCUGUGGAGCCCAGAAGGCCAGACAAGUCUCUGAUCACUUUGAAGUCCCUUGAGGCCAUCACUAUUCAGGAGGAUGAGCCUAUUCGCAUGCUGCAGAUUGAGGGUGAGCAGGACCUCCCAGAAGUUAGUCGCCAGGACUUGGACCUGCUGAUAGCUGAGGAAAAUGAAGCCAUCUUGUUGGAGGAACAGAAGCGAGGUCUCCUGGAGCUGCCACAUGCUAGCCCAGUACUGGAGGCAGAAACUCCUCCCAUUCAGGGCCUGGAUGUGGAGGAGCUGAAGUUGGCUGGCUGGAAGGCUGGGACCCCGCUUCCUGAGGUGACUCCUCCAAAGAAGCUGAGUCUGCCAAGCCCACCCAUCCUAGAGAGGAAGCCCCCCAUCUUUCCGUCUCCUCCGAGCCCACCUACCAUCACCCACCGCCGCCGCCGCCGCCAGCUACUGUUCUGGGACAAGGAGACUCAGAUCUCCCGGGAGAAAUUCCAGGAGCAGCUGCAAACCAAAGCUCACUGCUGGGAGUAUCCCCUGGUGCAGCCCCCUAAGAAGAUCAUCAUGAACCCUAUGGAACUGUUCAGCACCCCAACUUACCCUGGCCAGCUCCCCCCAGAAUUGCUGGCAUUCUGGACCCGCUGUGCUCAGCCACCCCCAAGAGCACUCAGACGAAGAGCAGCCGAGGAGACUGCUGAGGAGAGAAGGAAGAUGGACACUCCAAGUGAUAUUGAGGUGCUCAGGGAAGCCCAGGAGCCUAGUGGGGCCCUUAUGUUAUCUUCAGAGGUCUCUCUAGAAGCUGAGGAGGACAAAUCCCGGGCCAGCCUUGUCCCGCUAGAGGAGCGAUGGGCCUGGGCUGAGGUGGAACAGCAGCAGCUGGAGCCCCCUGCGCUGUCUGUGGUGCCGGAGCUUCCGGAAGUGCCCAUGGAGCUGCCUCUGGAACCUGAGCUGCUCUCACCAGAGGCGGUGCACAGGGCUGUGGCACUGGAGCUAAAGGCUAACCGGGAACCCGACUUCAACAGCCUGGUGGAGCCUUUUAGCCCCCGCAGGGUGGCAGCUCGGGUGUUCUACCUACUUCUGGUGCUCUCGGCGCAGCAGAUCAUUCACGUGGAACAAGACAAACCAUAUGCACGCCUCCGGAUCCACCCAGGGCCCCGAUUCUACUAA